AUGGGCUUUCGGGCCGUCGAGGAUCGUCCUACCCCAAAGGAGGUCUACAACUGGCGCUUGUACUCCGAGGCAAUCAUCAUUGCUACUGGAUCAUUGCUUUUCGGAUAUGACUCGGCCUUUGUGGGCACGACUAUUUCACGCGAGAGCUUCCUGACCGAUUUCCAUAUCACCAAGGCCAACAGUAGUGCCAUCUCAAGCAAUAUUACCUCGAUCUUUCAAGCUGGCGCAUUCUUUGGGGCUCUUUUCUGCUUUUUCUUUACUGAGCGUUUUGGUCGAAAAUGGACACUACAAAUCAAUGUGUUUGUAUUCAUCAUUGGUGCGGUGAUGAUGACCGCGGCGACCCAUCAAUUGGGUCUCAUUUACGCCGGUCGUGUGUUGACGGGUAUUGGCUGCGGCGCGAUUACGGCUACCGUUCCUAGCUAUAUUGCAGAGCUAUCCAUUCCCUCCAUUCGAGGUAUCUUGACAGGUUUCUUCGAGUGCGCCUACCAGAUUGGUUCCGUGAUCGGAUUCUGGAUCAACUUUGGUAUCACGGAGAACAUGUCCGCCAAGUCGUCGACAAGUUGGAGGAUUCCCAUGGGCGUACAGCUCAUUCCCGCGGUGAUUCUAUUCAUCGGUGGAUUUUUCCUUCACGAGUCUCCGCUCUGGCUUAUGCGCAAAGAGCGCAAUGACGAGGCCUAUCGUGCCCUCGAAACCUUGCGCAGGUUACCCGUGGAUCACCCCUACCUGCAGCAGGAGAUUCAGCUCAUUCAGAACCGAUUGAAUGAAGAAGCGAGUGUCGCAAGCAAGUAUGGCCAGGGACCGUGGGCUUUCUUCCGUGGUGCGAUGGACGAGUUCUCGCGCCGAGGUAUGCGUAAUCGUGUGUUCCUCGUCUUCUGUGCUUUUGCUUUGAAUAAUCUUUCCGGUGCUUCUGCUAUCAAUUACUACUCGCCUACUCUGUUCGCGUCCAUCGGAAUCAAGGAUACGGCGCUGUACACCGGAAUUUACGGUCUCGUCAAGGCGGUUGCAUCCCUCAUCUUCUACAUUGCUUUCGUUGACAGAAUUGGUCGUCGUCGCCCAGUCAUUGUAUCUUCGAUUGUCUGCUCCCUCUGCCUCUGGUACGUCGGUGCCUAUGUCAAGGUUGGUAACCCUGCCGCCGUCAUUGCCGAUGGCGGUACUCUGUCAGACUCCACGACUGGCGGGGGUCACGCAGCAACUGCAAUGAUUAUGAUCUACGCCGUGUUCUGGUCAUUCGGCCUCAAUGGUAUUCCCUGGAUUGUCUCUGCGGAGAUUUUCCCGGGUGCCUUACGAAACUUCUCCGGCACUUGGGCGGCCCUCGUCCAAUGGGCCACUCAGUUCCCGAUGAGCAAAUGUCUUCCGUAUAUGUUCAACUCUUUUGGAUACGGAACUUGGUUCUUUUUCGCGGGUUUCAUGGUCGUUGCCACUGUUUGGUCUUACUUCCUACUCCCCGAGACUAAGGGUUUGACGAUUGAUCAAAUGGAUAUGAUCUUCGGUUACAAUCAACCUGGACACCGCGGCAUUCCACACACUCGCAUUACCCAGACUCACUUGGAAGCAUCCAAUGCAGGUGCUCCUGAUAAACCGACCCAGCCCGAGCAUUUCGAGAUUGUCUAA